AUGCCUGUGGAAGAGGUCGAGUCGACACCGCUUCUGUUUUCCCAGAUCCAGCGGACACAUGACAGCAUCAAGAGCAGUCACCAUGAUCCUGUGGCAUCAGGUGGCUUGAGCAAGUCACAGAUGGCGCUGUACUGCCUGCCAUCGUUUGCCUUUGCGGCUGGCACCAACUUUAUGAACCUCUAUCAAUUCCGAUACUACUCGGAUACGUACAAUGUGCCUCUGCGGAACCUCAAUGUUGCCUUUGUUGUCCUUCAGCUGUUUCUCUUUGUGGGCGAUCCACUGCUGGGUUGGUACACUGACACGGCACAGACAAGAUUCGGUCGCCGUCGUCCCUUUAUCGCCAUCUUUGGCCCGCUCCUCAUGCUCAUCGUCUUUCUCGGCAUGUACCCCAUCGUAGACUCGUCCCAGCUCAUCCUUACCAUCUGGUUCGGUGCUUCGUACAUGCUCAACAACCUGGUGACUCUGCUGUAUCUCUCGCCGUACCAGGCGCUGGGCAUCGAGCUGACGCUUGACUCGCGCGAGCGGAACAAGCUCUUUGGCGUGACGCAGACUCUGUACCAGCUCGGGGUAGUGGUCUCGACCGCGCUGCCGGAGGCGCUCGUCUACUGGGCCUCGUCGCGGCGCGAGGUGUACAUGUGGUUCGGCGCCGGCGCCGGCGUGGUCGGCGUGGCCACCAUGCUCACGCUGGUGUUCUCGGUCAAAGAGCGGUCGGACUUUCGGUGGAGACGCCGACGCCGCUGA